UGGAGGCAGAUAACAAAGGGAUAUCAUUCUGUAACCAAUAAUCUAACAAGACAUGCAUUUGCACGAUGCUCUGGGUCUAGUUACCCAGUCAGCGGACUGAAAACCGUUGGAGAACGAUAGACAUCCGAGACCUGACUGGAUGUUGGAGUGAUUCUUCAGAGGACUGAGCCGCAUCAGGCACACCCUGAGAAUCAUUCACUCCUGAGGUGAUUCAGUUCAACCAUGUAUAGAUUCUUUAAGAAGAAGCCCCAAGCCGUGAAGGACGCAAAGAAAAUACAGGAAACAUAUGAAACAAACACGUUGGGAGACUCCCUUGAGACGGUCCUUUCCCAGAAAAGCGGGCGAAGUGCUUUUCGGGAUUUUCUAAAGUUGGAGUUCUGUGAGGAAAACCUGGAAUUCUGGCUCGCCUGCAAGGAGUACCGGUCGUUUGACAGUCUGGAGGAGCGGACACAGAUAGCGGCGAGUAUUUAUGAAGAGUUCGUCAGGGAGGGAUCCCCCAAACAGGUGAAUCUGGAUUCCUACACGAGAGAAACAAUCAGACAGAGUCUGGAAGAGCCGGGGUCGUCCUGCUUCGCCGCGGCAGAGAGGAAGGUCUUCAUCCUGAUGGAGAACUGCUCCUUCCCACGCUUUACCGAAACAGAGCCGUACAAACUCUUUAUUAACUCCAUUCCGAAACACAGAGGUCUUAAGAAAAAGCGCGAGGCUGUGAGAAUAAAGAGCCCUGUGGAGGAUUUCAAAGUGAACCCUCUGCUCCUGGUGAGCAAGGACUGACUCAGUGUGUGCUGCCGAGAGUCUGAAGUGUUGCCCAGACAGACUGACAAAGGGCUGCGGGUCAAAGUGCUGCACAGGCACUUCCUCAUCCCUCAAAUCUUCACAGUAGAUUUCUGUUAGACAAGAGAGAGAGAGAGCUGUGAAAAAUGACACCGAAACGAGUCAGCAGCAGAGAUAAGGCUCUUGCUUUUAAUAUGUAGCUUCUGUCAGGGACAGAAUGUAAAUAUGUUUUUUAUUAUUAUUGUUAUUAUUAUUGGUCUGCACAAAUGACUUGUAAUGAAAUGUAUUUUUUUAAGCUUGCACUAUAACAGUAUUUGUGAAAAUGUGAAAUCGUCCUGUCUUGUAUGCAUCAUGUAGCACAUGGAUUAUUUCAUGAUAAAUCACGUGAUUUUUUUACGCCACCAGCUGCGUGGAGGUAACAAAAGUGCAGCCUUCAUGCUGCAUCUGGUGCGCUACUGCCACCCAGUGGCCGGAGCGCAGUAGCUCAGUGGAGGUUAACCAUACUUAGAGUGAAUUUUUCUGGCAACUUCUGUAUAUAAAAAAAACUCACAUUGUUGGCAUUUCUUUCUUUCAGUUUCAGUGUUUUUUUUUCUUGUUGCCUUUAUUUUUCAUUUUCUUAAUGUACA